AUGCGACGUCCACGCGACGGCCGAGAGCCCGGACGCGCGUCGUUGCCCGUGCGCGCUCUGGCGCGCGUGCUGACCAAGGCGCCCGAGCUCGCGCUCGUGUGUGUCCUCGUCCUCGUCGCCCUCGGCGCGUGCAUCGUCGCGACGUCGACGCGGGCGAUGACGAUAGACACGGGCAUCGAGUCGUUUCGAGCGCACGGGACCGUUCGAACGGGACAGACGAUCGCAGAGGCGGUGGCGCGCGCGGAGACGACUCGGAGCGCUCCGGCGCCGCGCGGACGCCGGCGAUCGAUGCUGUCGGCGGCGACGAACGCGAGCGAUUCGACGACGACAGAGAACACAACGAUACUUUCACCGAGUGCGCCCGCAGCGCCGCCGUCGCCGCCGCCGCCGCCGUCACCGCCGCCGCCACCGCCGUAUUACGGACCGACGCCGACGCGUCGAUUGGAGAGCUCAAUCGAUAGAAUGAUUCUUGGUUUGGACUCUAAAUACGGAGUGGACGGUGGCGAUGGACAGGAUGAAUUUCACGUCAUCGUAUCUCACGUUCCGAGCGCAACGGAUGACGGGAAGACGCUCGCGAGCGUACUUCGAGCGACGUGCACGCUCAAGAUGAGCGUGGAGAACUCGGUGGGAUUCGGAGACGCGUGUGAGAGACAGUCGGACGACAGCGCGUGCGCGGCAACGUUCAGCAUGUUCGACAUCGAAGGCGCGUUUCGCCUGUUCGGACUCUUGGACGUGUUCGAUGGAUUUCAAAAGCUUGCCUCGGGCUCUCUUGGAGACAUCGAGACGCGCCUAUUGUUCAUUCGGCAGCGAUGUUUGUACGCGAGUGCCGAUUCGUUCACGCGCGAAAUCGUCGAGGCCAGUCAUAGAGAGAUGUGCGCGAACGUUCACGCGUGUCAUGAGUCAGCGUGCGUGGAAAAUCAAGUGUUCUCACAUAGAGACGGAGUAAGGUGCAUGGUCGGGGAGUAUAAAAUCGGAAUAUGUGAUUUCAUGGAACACGUCAAUCCGACGGUGGAGGAAGUUUAUUCUGUCGCUUUGAUUAAUAAGCACUUGGACGCAAACGGAUGCCGAGAUAUUGGUUAUGAGACCGAAAUCGGCAAGUCAAUGAGAGGCAUUGAAACUUUAUUGCGAUGGUCUUCUUCCUGGAGUGAGAUCGAAGCCCUCGGCGCGCCUUUCGGACUCAUGAUGAACAACGCCGUCACGAGAUCUGAACGAGAGAAGGGCGAAUCGCAUAGCGUGCGACUCGUGUUUCGUCUGGACAGUCGAAGGACGAAUGCAGCGUCUUGGGUGAUGAACGUCGGUCAAAACGUUGUCAAUGGAUUCAACAGCGAUGUUUCAAGCGUUUCUACUCAAACAUCGGCCGCAUGGAGGCACUUCAAGGCUUACGAACUUCUGGUCGAUCAACGCCUCGCCAAGGACAGUCUAUUCGCCAUCGGAUCUCUCUGUGUGACCAUGGGGCUCAUCACCAUCACAACUCGCUCCGUCUGUCUCGCUCUCGGGGGGAUUAUAAGUAUCGCUGGUACCUUUGUACUGACGCACGUGACAUAUUUUGAGCUUUAUCGAUGCGAUUGGUUUGGUAUCAUUCACAUCGCAGGAAUAUUUCUCGCGAUCGGGAUCGGCGCCGACGACAUCUACAUCAUAGCCGAUCACUGGCGCGAAAGUUCUGUCGCGGUUGGAGAAAAGGAGACUCGCGAGCGCACGAUGCAAGCACGAAUGGAAUGGACGAUGAGUCACUCUCUCUUUUCGAUCGGGAUCACUUCAUUCACGACGUCGGCGGCGUUCGCGAGCAAUAUACCGUCAUCAAUAGAACCCGUGAGGUUGUUCGGCAUCUACAUGGCCACGGAGAUCAUCUUGAUGUUGUGCGUCACCGUCGUCGUCAUCGGAUCUGUGUUGGCUAUUAACGAAAAAUGGAAGGAUUUUUCAAUGUCCAAAAUUCGCGUGGCUCCUGUUUGUAAUGCGUUAGUGCGUCCUGUGGAGAUGGUGGCUUAUCAGCGUCACAUCGCUCGACGGGCGACGGUUGACUUGGGUGAGUUUCCUAUGAUCGAACGCAUCAUCCACCGUCGGGGACUGUCCGUUCCGAUAGAUUCAAUGGCCAUCGAUGCGCGUCCAUUGAUUCAGAACAAUCCGUGGACGUCAGCUUCUGCGUCCACGGCCGGUUCGCCCACUUCGUCGCCAACUGUAGUCUCGUCUAGAAUAUCGCGUCGGCGGGCGCUUUUCGCUCGAAUCAUCGAUCGUAUGAUGCGUUCGAAAUGGACGUUGAUCGCUGCUUAUCUCGCGUCAAUCGUCGGCGCGGGUAUGAUCGCAAGAAACGUUCUAAAACAAUCCGGCGAUGAAUCAUUAUCGAUGUGGCCGCGAGGGCACGUCAUUCACACGUUCACUCAAAUGGAUGGAACGUUCAAUUCGUCGCACUACUCGGACAACGCUCACGUGACAUUCGUGUUUGGCUUAGACGCUGUUCUAACGAGUGCGAACGCAAAGCUGCGAGGGGACGACAGGUCGGUGUACGUCGGAACGCCAGUCUUGCUCACGCGCAAUGACUCGUCGUAUGAUUUUUCCGAACCACGAGCGCAAAUUUGGCUCCUGGAUUUCUGUGCGAGCCUGAAAUCCGACGCGUUGACGAACCAUGUGCACUCACCGUCCACGGUGAACUGUUGGAUAUCGGACAUGGACACUUGGUUAAGAAACGGCGGAAUGGGGGACGAGCACGUGCACGGUUUACCGAUAGAGAGUGGAGCAUUUCGUGAAGCUCUGCGUUCCUUCUCACUCGUGAACAAAUAUGGGAUUCUGAAGUUCCUUAGAACACACGAUGAGUGCGACAAGUAUAAACGAGAUGAUGAACUGUGCGUCGCGUAUAGCGCGGUGUCCAUGGUGACGUCGAUCCCGAAAAUUAGUACGCCAGAAAAAAUGAAUAAAGGGUAUGAGUUUUGGGCGAACUGGUUCGACGCGAAGAUUGCGAGCGGACCGCCAGAGACCGUUGACGCAUUUCAGUGCUCUCAAGCCUGGAUGGUGGCUGAUACCGUUCAGGAAAUCAAAUCUGCCACGUUGAGAUCGAUCGUUCUCAGCAUCGUGCUGGCUUUCGGCGUACUUUUCCUGUGCACGCGUUCCUUCUUAUGUUCCUCUUUGGCGACGUUUUGCAUCGCCUCUGUCAUCGUAUAUUUCGUCGCCUUCAUGUCUCUCAAAGGUUGGCGAUUCGGCAUAAUCGAGGCAGUUUGCGUUCAGAUUAUAGUCGGUAUCAGUAUAGACUAUCCAUGUCACGUCUGCAUCGCGUACAUCGCCACGCGACGACGUCUGAUGUCUCGCAAAGAGCGCUCUGUGCGCGCGCUUCGAACAGUCGGCACUGCCGUGGCCUCGGGCUGGCUCUCGUCCGUCGCCUCCGCGGCCUGUCUCCUCGGCUGCGUCAUCGUCUUCUUCACAAAAUUCGCUUCAUUCAUCAUCGUCACGCUCACUUCGAGCUUCAUUCUCGCCGUCAUCGUGCUCCCAGUGGCUCUCGCCGCGCUCGGCCCGAGCUUUCGCAGCUCGCUCGGGUGA